CAUCGAUCAUAUGUCAAAGUUGCGCAAAUAAAAAAAACACACACAAAACUCCAACAAAAUACGAAGCCCUAGAAUCAAUCUCGAAAAUUAUCGUCACGUAUAUCUUUCCCUCAAAUGUUGCACUUUUUAUAAAAUAAUGUGUUUCUUCUUACGCGAUGCUAGAAACAAGCUCAUAAACUUGUUGGCGUGUUCUUUGGUGGGAUAAAGCGUAAAACAGUGGUUGAAUUGUUACGGGAAGAAACGUGUAAAUAGGCUUACGUGCUGUAGCGUUUAGUUUUGUGGACCUGUUUUGUAAUUUUGCGAAUGUGAAAAUGAACAGUGCGAAUCAUGAUUCGAUUAUUAUCCGAACGGUGACACAAAAGUUCCGUGAAGGCGAAUCUGUGCUGGCUAUACUGGCAGCGUACCAAAUCGUCGGCAAUAACUUCCAAAACCGGCUACUCGUCACGGUCAGCUCGAGCGAAACGGCAGCCUUGUUUUCAUUCUCCGUUUCCCGCGAACCCCCGGAAAGCAUAUCGGAUCUAACGAUAAUGGCCGUUUUCCCCAUAAAUGAGUCAUUUUUCGUCAACACAGAGUCCAGUUUCGCUGCGGUGUCCAGCUAUCAGUUUACUGUGUUUUCGGAGAAUCAACCUACCACCUAUUACUACCAUGCAACAGAUGAAAUUACCGUAGCAAAGGAACAUUUUUUGACCAGUCUCAAAAAUCUUAAAGCUUCGUACCAAGCCGUACCGAUACUUUCGCCCGCUGCAUACGAUUGGUUGCAUUACUACAAACCGGCGGACGAAAGGACUGGGCUGUUAGCGAUCGAUCGCAGUGUAGCAGAUGGUAGCCAGGCGCCGAAAACACGCGAUGCAAAAUUCCGCGAAGAGCUCGAACGGCGACGGCAUGAGUACAUCGUGUAUGAACCGUACCACGUGUACACCGCUACCUGGAACGUUAACGGACAAACGUCCGAAGCGAUCGAGCUGCCAGAGUGGCUCGCUACGACCGACAGUCCGCCCGAUAUAUAUGCGGUCGGCUUCCAGGAGAUCGAAUGGACACCGGAAAAGAUUCUUAUGAAUGAAACUAAGAUUGAUCGAACAUGGGUUGAUAAAGUUAUGAGCGGUCUGCAUAAAGGAGCCGUAUAUACCGAGCUCGCCUCGGUACGGUUGGUGGGCAUGAUGCUAACCGUGGCUGUUAAAAGCACGAUCUAUCCGAAGAUAACCGAUUGCCUCACGUCUGCCGUCGGCACCGGAACGUUGAAAUGGGGCAAUAAAGGUGGCGUUGGAGUGAGCUUUAAAUUGAACGAAGCCCUUUUCUGCUUCGUUAAUACGCACCUGGCCGCGCAUACGCAGGAAGUGGAGCGAAGGAAUGACGAUCAUGACGACAUAAUACGCCGCAUGUCGUUCGACCACGGGUUUCGAAUGCGUUCGAUCGACGAACAUCAUCACAUAUUUUGGAUCGGUGACUUAAACUACCGUCUAGAUGGUCCGGAAGUAUCUCAGACGUAUGUCAAUCGAAAGGAUCGCGAUUACAAUCAGCUUUAUCAGCACGAUCAACUGUACGUGGAAAAGCGUCGGAACCGCAUCUUCCGCGACUACAAGGAGGGCAAAAUUUUAUUUCCACCAACGUACAAAUACAACCCCGGCACGGAUGAGUGGGACAGCAGUGAGAAAAGUCGCACGCCCGCCUGGUGUGACCGUAUCCUAUGGAAAGGGCAACGAACAGAGCUUCUGCGGUAUCAGAGCGUAAUGCAGCUGCGAAAAAGUGACCACAAGCCGGUAUUUGCGGAUUUUAAGGUUGACGCUCAAGCAAAGGAUCAGGCGAAGCUUAAAAAAAUAAGCGAAGAGGUGCUAAAAACUGUCGACAAAUACGAAAAUGACAAUCAACCACAGAUUACGGUGGAGCAGACGGAUCUCGACUUUGGUUUGAUCCGGUUCAAUGAAAAGUACUCGCGCGAGCUGCUUGUGGCGAACAAUUGCCACCUGCCGGUACGUUUCCGGUUCGCCUGCAAAGAUGAUCGGAACAGCCAGGUGUGCGAGGAAUUCAUUCGCAUUAGCCACAGCAAUGGGGAACUGUUGACCGGAAACAGCUUAAGCAUUCGCAUCGACAUACUGGUAGAUGCACCGGCCGCUUCGCGCAUGCUGCGCAAGCUCAAGGACGCCCAGGCAGGCACUAAGAUACCGCUCGACAUACUGGUACUGCACGUGGAGAAUGGACGUGACAUAUUUAUUACGAUUUUUGGCGAGUACAAACCAAGCUGCUUCGGCGUGUCGCUCGAUACGCUGAUGAAGCUAAACAAACCCGUCUCGAUGUACGCCAUACACGAGCUGAUAUCGUUGGAUCACGAGGAAAAGCUUAUCGAUCUGGUUGGGGAUGAUGUUGGAGGUAGUAAUGCUCGCUUUCCGCGCGACAUCUGGCGCCUGGUGGAUAAUCUGCGUAAGAUGGGUUUGCAGACGCCGCAGCUGUUUACUUUAGACCGCAAGCUAGGACAGUCGGAUGCGGCCAAUUUGCUCGAAAUUCGCGACUGGUUGGACAGUUGGUCAACGGACGAUUUUCCCGGAACACCGCAUGCGACGGCGGAAGCACUUUUAAUGAUGCUGGAAGCCCUUCCGGAACCGGUGGUCACAAUCAGCGAACGGGAGUGUAUCGUCGCGGCGGACAACUUCGAGCGAUGCAAAGAAUUGUUGCGAACGAAGCUUAAGUCGGUGAACCGGCUUCUUUUUCUGUACAUUUGUCUUUUAUUGCAGGAUCUCUGGAACGUAAAUAAAACAAUCCGGAUCGAAGCAAUCGCGGGACUGUUUGGUCGAAUAAUGAUUCGCAGUCAAUUGCCAGCAAAGCCGGAGUUCAGCAACAGUAUUUAUGCCUAUACCGAGGAUGAACGAGACCAGCGAAGACGGUUUAUGAUGACGCUACUUAAAAACAAUGUGCGAGAUUUUGCACGCCAGGAAAUGAGCACCUACUAGGUAUGGCGUACAAGCAUAUUCAUGUGUUGUUGAUGUGUGAAAAUUCGGUGAGGCAUUCUAAGCAACGACAGUUUUUGAUUGCUGAGCCGUCUGCAAAGCGAUGAAGAUAAUACCCACUAAACACACUAAAAGCAAUAGUAGCGAUUACACACGAUCUGUUGAUUGAUCCAUUUGUUAAGCCAACGUUCUUAUCUCACCACUCGUCACUCGAAAACCUUCACCAGGAGAAAAUAAAAUAAAAUGUUGUCCAGGUCUAUUUAAUAACGAAAUUAUCCCGCCGUCGUCGCCAUAGUAACGCUUAGUAAUUCCGGCGAGUAUUGUAAACGGUGAUGUGUUUUUUGCUAGUAUUUCCGUGUAUGUUAUUAAGAAGAAGAAGGAGUGCAAAACAAGUAAAUGGAAAUGUGAAUGAUGUUUCAAAUUAAUAACACGUGUGUAUGUGUUUUUUUU